AUGGAAAUUACUAAUUCCAUCGAACAUGAGUUAUGGCCGGACUUUCCGAUCGCUGAAAGCUACCCAGAACACCUCAGCUGGGACCCUCUUGUGAAUCAUCAAGUUGCCCAGUCUGACUGGUUGGUAUAUAAUGACGACGAAACCUCAGAGCUCAAUAAUGAAGCCUCAUCCCUGGCAAGCUCCACUAGCGCCGCCGAAUUUCCUGGAGAUUUCGGUUCGUGGUGGCCAGACAGUUCUGCACAGAAUGACUGCUCUAUCCCGUCAUCAGUGCAAUCUCCACUCGGGGCCGCUGCUCAAGAUCAUUUAACCGAACAUUUAUCAUCGAAGAGCUUGCCUGUUCCUGGAAACCACACGAGGUCAAAAUCUCACCCGCGUUUGCCUUCGGAUGCUGUCAAGGCCUUAAGGUCAUGGCUCUACCAACAUCAAGAGUUCCCAUACCCUAACCCAGAGGAAAGAGUCCAGUUAGAGCAGCAGACCGGUCUGACCAAGAAUCAGGUUCUGAACUGGUUUGCAAAUGCUCGACGGCGCAGGCAAAGACAUGUGGAUCAAGCCUCCGCGCCCAGCAUGGGAGAUAGUAAAGAUGCGGGCACAUCUUUAUCUCCUUUGGAGCGCUGGAAACAAUCCCCUCCCGAAAGUGAACCUGCUGCUACGUCCGACAUUAUACGAGCAUUGGACAACGCGUCAUCUUACCCCGAGCAGAGUCAGGUCUACUACAACGACUUAGUGGGUACUGUAUCUAGAAACAGCUCCGGUAGCUCCGGUAGCUCAUUCCUAUUCGGAGCUCCCUCGAUGAGCGGGUUUGAACAUAGUGCCUCGUCUGGCUCUGAAGUCUCCGUGACGCAUGUUCCUCGGCGCAACCAAAGACCACCUACGCCAAUUCCGAGCAUGGGGAGGAGGCAUCGCCGCCGGAAGAACUCACGUCCAGCUGGCCAACAGAACAAGUCGAAGGCUCAGGGAUCUCGCAUGUACCAGUGUACUUUCUGCUGCGACUCCUUCCGGACUAAGUAUGAGUGGACACGGCACGAAAAGGCCAUUCACAUCUCAGUUGAGAUGUGGCACUGUGCUCCAGUAGGUGGGAUUGCUGAAUUAGACGGGGUCAGCAUUUGCGUUUUCUGUCAAGCCCAAGAUGCAGAUGACAAUCAUCUGGAAACGCACAACUACCUCCGAUGUCGAGAUAAACCUCUAAUACAACGGGAGUUUGCACGGAAAGACCAUCUACGACAACACCUCCGUUUGAUGCACAAUAUCAAAGAUCACAAUUUCCUAGACAGCUGGCGAAUCUCCUUUCCCGAGCUAAAUUCACGAUGUGGGUUUUGCAGCUCAACUUUCACAACCUGGGAUGCGAGGGUAGAUCACUUGGCCGAGCAUUUCAAAACCGGCGCAGACAUGAGUCAGUGGACAGGAAACUGGGGGUUUGAUCCAGAGGUUGAACGCCAGGUGAGAAAUGCCAUGCCCGCGUGGGUUCUUGGCCAAGAGCGUGCCACCAUGCAUCCGAUGAAAAUGUCCGAUGCGACACAACAUGGCGAUGACUUCAUUUCCUCGGCGAACGAGUUCCCCAAGGGCGUAGAUCUCUACAUGAUCCUCCGCAACGGCUUGAUUUCAUAUAUUAAGGAUCAAAUUGCGAUGGGUAUUUACCCUUCAGAUGAGAAUAUUUCAGCCGCAGGCCGUCUCAUGAUAUUUGGAACUGAUGACCCUUGGAAUCAGACAUUUGCGGAGAAUCCCAUCUGGCUGGAGGCUCUGAAGAAUGAUGUGCGUUUUGGAACCUCGGAAACACUCCCGGGGCGUCACAUCGCGUCAAGAGAAAGCUUUAUGUAG